GCCAUCUGCAAGCCCGGUGGAAUUGUGAUAUGCACACACAACUAAGUUUGAUAACAAACCAGCACCGCCGCGCUUUGCUUUCGGAUUCGCUCUGAGCGCACGCCGCUUUUCCGCCGAUGCGUCCCUGCGCGCUUUAUAUGCCUUUUGGAGUCUUUCCUCUAUCAGACAGCUACGGGAUAUGUGAAGAGGCGGAGGCGUUUCUUCUUCCACCCGAAGCCUCCCCAAGUUGGGACCCCACUGACGCGCUAUGACAUGAAGCAGGAACACACUUGUGGACGUCACUGAAGUUGCCAAUAGGAGGAGGACUUCACUGCAUUAAUCCAUUGAACUCAUCUCUAACGAGCCACCUUGCCCAAGGCAGCACAGUGGGCUGGCCUGCUGUUAGACUCUUAUCUUUUGCCACCUGUGACACACAACUGCCAUCAUGCAGACCUCAUCGCUCCGCCGGCAGAUGAAAAACAUGGUCAACAACUACACGGAGGCCGAGAUCAAGGUCCGGGAGGCCACCUCCAACGAUCCCUGGGGUCCUCCCAGCUCGCUCAUGUCUGAGAUCGCAGACCUGACCUUCAAUGUAGUGGCCUUCACUGAGGUCAUGGGUAUGAUCUGGAAGCGGCUCAACGAUCACGGUAAAAACUGGCGGCAUGUUUAUAAGGCGCUGACCCUGGUGGACUACCUGAUCAAAACCGGCUCUGAGCGCGUGGCCCAGGAGUGUCGGGAGAACAUAUACAGCAUCCAGACCCUGAGGGACUUUCAGUACAUUGAUCGAGACGGACGUGACCAGGGCGUCAAUGUCCGGGAGAAGGCCAAGCACCUGGUGGCUCUGCUGAGGGACGAGGAAAAGCUGAAGAAGGAGAGGAGCCAAGCACUGAAGACCAAGACGCGCAUGACGGGGGUCACCAGCAGCUUAGGCUCCGGAUCCCUGCCUCCUCCGUACCCGGGUCGUCGCACUAGCCAGCCCAGCGCCGCGGGGUUCCACAGGGAUGAGUUUGGCAUGUGCAGAGGCUCGCCAUCCUCCCUUCACUCUUCCUCUUCCUCGCCCCGGGUCGCUCCAGACCUGGAGCAAGCUCGGCCCUCGACCAGCGGAGAAGAGGAGCUGCAGCUGGCCCUGGCCCUGGCUAUGAGCCGGGAAGAAAGUGAAAAGCCACCUCCGACAGUGGAUAUUGACGAACAGACCCAGCUACAGAUCGCUAUGACUCUCAGCAAGGAGGAGGCCCAGAAGUCGGUCCAGUGUGCACCUCAAACUUUGGACAUGGAUGAGGACAGCCAGCUCCAGUUAGCCCUGAGCCUGAGCAAGGAGGAGCACCAGCAGGAGCAACUCAGUCGCCAAGGAGAUGAGUCGAUGCUACAGAAAGCUCUGGAGGAGAGCAAACGUGAGAUGGAGUCUAAAGGCGGGACUGCCUUCAUGGACCUGGUAGAUGUUUUUGCAGUACCCUUAGAUGAGCCUCCUACUGACUACCGAUGGAAUAACGCCCCACACCAGGCAGCUGCUCGUGUGGGGGGCACAGACCCCUGGGACUCCCUGGAAGGCAGCACCAACACCUCGAGAGCAGAUCCUCCCUGGGUGGCACCGCCAUCUUCCAACAGCCCCCCUCCACCAUGGGAGCCCCCAGUUGACCCCUGGGAUGCCCCGCAGAACAAUGUCUCCACGCUCAACGCCGCGGGCCGAGAAUGGGCCCUCCCUGCCAGCUCAGCUUCCUCAGGAGUUGAUCCAUUCUCAGUGCCGUCAGAAAAAACAGCCCUCAGGGGACCCUCUCCCCGAGCUGCAAGCCCCUCAGAUGGGGAUCUGUUUGAUGAGGCCAUGGAUGGAGGUCAGGUGAACGUAAAUGGACGAGAGGAGGGCAGUCCUGAGCUAUUUGACCUGUCACGUCUCGGAGAAAGCCUGGCUGCCCCCAGCCCUCGCACAUGCCGGACGCCUGAGGCCUUCCUUGGCCCCACAGGGGCUUCCUUGGUAAACCUGGAAAGCUUGAUUCCAGCAAAUCCUCCAACCAUGAACCCCUUUCUAUCAGGCCUGACUGCUCCUUCAGCCACCAAUCCAUUCCAAACCGAGUCGCCCAAACUAACUCUCAAUCAGCUGGGCUCCACCUCUUCGGCUCCCCACGCCACAUCUCUGCCAUAUAGUGCCUCCCUGCCCCUGCCUAUGAGCCAUCAGCCUGCCAGCCUUCCUUCGUCACUUACUCACCCCACCCAGCCGGGUCUGGACCUGCCAGGGAACCUCCCUGAGCCCUUGUUGCCCUUCUCCUCAGCCAGCACUGAGGGAUCGCUGGCUGCACAGAACAGUCAGAACCCUUUCUUAUGAGGACCAAUGAAACUGGAGCCAAUAUCUUAGAAAAAGGGGGAAUGCCAUUAGGUUAUGCUCUUGAAAUAUAACUCUAACCACAGACUGAACUGCAGCCCUGAGGAUCCGUAUGAAAACCCUAUUCUUAGUUGUUUUUAUAUUGUGGUAUAAUACAGUAACCCUUAGACUGAUGCAAGCUGGUUCUACUCUUCACUACAAAUAUCUCUCCUGCUCCUCUUGCUAUUAAUGCAGUAACAGGGUAUAAAAGAGAUAACACCUUUGAAUCACAAACUGUCAUGUAAAAUCUCUUUAAGGCAAUAGCUUUCCACAGAUUGACUUCAGAUACAAAUGUACACAAAAGCACAGUUUGAUAAUAUUUUGUCACUUGUCUUUGCUAUGAUUACCAGGCAAAUGUAUUACAGCUUUCCAACUCUCCUGCUCACUCUGCUGUUUGUGUGAUUGGCUUAGCUGGCCACUGCUACUGUCAUAUACUCUGGCUCCAGAAAAAAAAUUGAUUUCUGAGAAGAGACAAGAGUUGCAGACCUGUCCACUUCUUGAAAUGUUGCUGCAUCAACAUGGUUAACUUUGUGGGACUUCUGUUGGACCAGACCUGAUGAGAAACAUCGGUGUACACAUGAUUUUACUAUAGUGAACUGAAUUGCUGGAGCUAUACGAAUGAAAUUAUAGUUUGGGAGGACUGUUCGAUGCUUCUGAAUUCACUCUAAGCAAGGCAACAUUAGAAAAUGUAUGAAUCAUGAGUUUUAUUCAUUGCUUGUGAACCACUGACUCUCAUCAAAUAUAAGGGUAUAAUUAGAACACUG